UUGCAGUAUAUAUAGAAGUGGGUUAUAGGUGUCUUGUGCAUUACCUAAAAGGCUUUCUUGAUCAGCAUCUUCAAUUCCAUUUGAGCGUUUCCAAGUUAGCAAUAUGAGGUUCAAUUUAACCAUCAUAAGCGUAGUGUGGCUAUGCUUUGGAUCAUUUUUUGCCACUGGAGAUAUUGGGUCUGCCACCUCAUAUGAUCCUCCUUACCUUCCAACAAGGUGCAAGGGAUACAGCGAAGAUCAGUUCCCACAAGGAGGAUAUUUCGUAGCAGCAAGUGAAGGGAUAUGGGACAAUGGAGCUGCAUGUGGUCGUAAAUACAGAAUGAGGUGCAUUAGUGGCCCCAGAAGACCAUGCAAAGACGAAUCCAUUGUUGUUCAGGUUGUUGAUCUUUGUAGAGGAAAUCCAUGCCCAUCAACUCUGGUUCUUUCCAACAAAGCUUUCAGUGCCAUCUCUAAAGUCCCUGCCAUCAAGAUCAACGUUGAAUUUGCCCAGACUUGAUGAUUCUGAUUAGCAAGUGAGGAAAAUCGACCAAGGACUGAUCAGACGACCAUAUUUUCAUCUCCUUUUUCUUUAUGUUAUGUUCUUGCUGUAACCAUACAUUCCUCUGUAAAGACAUGAUGACUAAAGGGUAGGAUUUGAAUCCAAAUCUGGGUUUUGGUAAAGUCUUGAUUAAUAAAAUAUUUCUUUUAGUUAA